AUGUCUAAAGGGGAGCAGACCGUUUGCGGUGUUGAUGAGUAUUUCGAGGAACGAGGGCCAACUGUCACGUUCAGCAACUUGCACUACUGUGUUCAUGAGACGACGUGCUGCAAGAAAGGUCGGGAAAAAUACAUCCUCAACGACGUAAGUGGCAUCAUGAGGCCUGGGAUGAAUGCCAUCAUGGGCGCCACCGGAAGUGGUAAAACAUCACUCCUGGAUGUAAUCGCGGGGAGAAAAGACCCUGCUGGACUGAAACUAGGAAAAGUCAUGGUGGAUGGCAAAGCCGUCUCUACGGAACUCAGGCUCAGCUCUGCUUAUGUGGUCCAGGAUGAUAUCCUGAUGGGCACUCUGUCUGUGAGGGAGAACCUUCUGUUCAGCGCCAACCUGCGUCUCAACCCGAAGCAUCACUCCUCCACAGAUAAAAACAACAGAGUGGACGCCAUCAUACAAGACCUCGGCCUAACAGACUGUGCAGGCACCAAGAUAGGGACAGAGUUUCUGCGUGGCGUAUCUGGAGGUGAAAGGAAGAGGUGCAGCAUCGGGAUGGAGCUCAUCACCUCUCCCUCUUUGCUGUUUCUGGAUGAACCGACGACGGGGCUGGACUCUAACACUGCAAACUGUAUCAUCAACUUACUAAACAGGCUGUCCAGAAAAGGUAAGACUGUGAUCUUCUCCAUCCACCAGCCACGCUACUCCAUCUUCAGUCAGUUUGACCACCUGACUCUGAUGCAUAAAGGGGAGGUGGUGUACGCAGGUGCAGCAGCCCAGGCACUGGAAUACUUCACAGACCUCGGCUACCAAAUUGAGGCCUUCAACAACCCUGCGGAUUUCUUCAUGGACGUCACAAAUGGAGAGGCAAAAUCAACAUUAGUGUCGCUUACUGAAGGUGAGGGUACAAACCCAUUGGCAAACAAGUUCAGCAAGUCCCAACUGUGCCAGAAUAUGCUCCAAGAGUUGGACCAUGUGAACCAGAGCAUCGCUGACGGGGCCAAAGGUCAAGACAAGGCAGCUGCCUACGCCACCUCUUUCCUCUAUCAGCUGCGUGUGGUGUGUGGUAGGACAGUUCUGAACUCUCUGAGGAACCCUCAGACCUCUUACGCCCAGUUGGCUCUGAACGUCUUCUUUGCUAUUCUGGUGGGACUCAUUUAUUACCAAAUGCCGUUGACGCUGCCCGAGGCUUUACAGAACAGGAGUGGAGCGUUCUUCUUCCUCAUCAUCAACAUGGUGUUUGGGAAUCUCUCCGCUGUCGAACUCUUCAUCAACGAAAGAGCGAUAUUCAUUCACGAGAACUCCAGCGGCUAUUACCGCACUUCUGUCUACUUCCUGUCCAAGAUCUUCGCCGAUCUCAUCCCCAAUCGCAUCAUCCCUAUCUUUGUUUUUUCAGCCACUGCCUACUAUAUGAUGGGCUUGAAGCCUGCCAUUGGGGCCUUCCUGUGCUUCGCCCUGACCAUGAGUCUGGUCAGUCUGGCAGGAGUCGCUCUGGCCUUCCUCGUCUCGGCGAGUGUAUCUUCAUUUGCCAUGGCUAACAUCCUCAUUGCUCUGCCUUUCGUCUUCAUGAUGGUCUUUGGUGGUUUUCUUGUCAACCUCAAUUCCAUGCUGAGCUGGCUCUCCUGGCUGCAGUGGAUCAGUAUCUUCAGAUAUGGCCUGAACGCUGCAUUCAUCAACGAGAUGGCAGGACAGUUGUUCUACAGCAACACCACCGUUAUCCCAGGGGAGCUGUUUCUGCAAAGCCAGGACAUCGACUACUCCGUGUGGGGCUUCUGGCAGAACCAGGUGGCUCUGCUGGGAAUCAUAUUUGUCUGCAUGUCUCUGGCCUACGUGCAGCUGCGACGAAUCAACCGCUGGAAAUGA